AGUAUUAUUGGAAAUAAAUAUUUCAAGAAAACAGAAAGAAAGAAUUGAAGAUUCUAUUAGUAUUUUGAUCCAGAUUUGCAACUAAAUUGUAAGCAUGGGUUUUCUAACUGUAUUGAAAAAAAUGAAACAGAAAGAAAAGGAAAUGCGCAUCUUAAUGCUUGGCUUGGACAAUGCUGGAAAAACGACAAUCCUUAAAAGAUUCAACGGAGAGCCCAUUAACACCAUAUCUCCAACGUUAGGAUUUAAUAUAAAAACUUUGGAACAUAGAGGAUUUAAAUUAAAUAUGUGGGAUGUCGGAGGCCAGAAAUCUUUAAGAUCAUACUGGAGGAACUAUUUUGAAUGCACUGAUGGUCUUAUAUGGGUAGUUGAUAGUGCAGAUAAAAGAAGACUAGAAGAUUGUAAAGCUGAGUUGAAUUUGUUGUUAAGAGAAGAAAGAUUAGCUGGAGCAACUUUAUUAAUUUUUGCAAAUAAGCAAGAUUUGCCAGGGUCUUACAAUAUAGAAGAGUUGAAAACUAUAUUGGAAUUAGAUUCAAUCAAAACUCAUCACUGGAAAAUAGUUUCUUGCAGUGCAGUAACUGGUGAAAAUUUGUUAGAAGGAAUUGAUUGGCUCAUCACAGAUAUAGCAACUAGAAUAUUUACCUUGGACUAAAUGACACCAAUGAUAUGGAUAUGCUUCUUUUUAUUAAUUACAUACUAAUGUUUACAAAAUUUAUUUAUUUUUAUAAAAUAUAGUCUAUUUACAAUUC